AUCUUCCUCCUACCGCUUCCGUCAGUUAUAGCGCGUCAUGACUGUAGCACCAAAGUUUGCGUUGGCGGGCCGCUCAACAAUCGAUCAUGGCUUUUAAUCUCCCCCGUGUUAUUUUUAGUCGUGCGAUGGACAUCCUUAAAGAUGUAAGCGUGAGCGGGAUGCAGGACAGCAGAGCGGUGAAUUACGCCGUUGCCAUGAGAGCGAACUGAUCGAGGCACUUUUUAAGCCGGCGACAGACAUGGAGAGUCCUUCUAAGAUUGAGAGGCGACAAGCGUGGGCAAGCAGCCGCCACAAGUUUACCGUAAGAGAUGCAGAACACCGCAGCUCGACAGCAGAGAGUCAGUCUCAUUUCUCUCUCCAAGACGACGUCUUUGUGGAUGGAUGCUCUACUGGAAAGAUUGAAACCUGGCUUCAAGGUUGUGGGAAUGAAGCCAGUCUUUCCAAAAGCAGUCACCUAACAACAGGCCAUUUGAGGACAGGUCCCAGCUUUGAGGAUGAUCUGAGUCUGGGUGCAGAAGCUACUGCGUUAUAUGCUGCAUCAGGUGCACCGGAGUUUAGCAGAACACCUCAACAGAAGCUCAAGCCACCAUUAUUCAGCAUGGGCCAGAGCGUCGCAUCCAGUGCCUUCUCAACCGCUACCAACAGGACUGCUUCCAGUGUGUCUGAGGUCCUCCAACUGCGUGCUGAAGAUGCAGAAGAGACACUUUUCCAGCUGGGUUUCGGUUGCGAGGAACCGCAGGUCACUGCCCGUAUCCCAGUCCGCUUCUUCAAUUUCCCAUCCCAGCUCAAAGGCAUCAACUUCCGCCUCUUUCUUGAAUCCCAGCUCACCAGGAUACGCCAGGAAGACCCUUGUCUUUCAUUAGCAAGUCGUUUCCGACAAGUAGAGGCAUUGACGGCAAUGGCCAAUGCCUUCUAUUCAUUGUACUCCCAUGUGUCCCGAACGCCACUUCAGAAGCUUGCACCACCCCAGUUAACUUUCACCUCUCCAAUUGUGGAGAGGACUAUGUCUCGAACCAGUGUCCGCAGUGAACCACGCUCCCCUGUUGAAAGACUAAAAGACACCAUCUCCAAAAUGUGUUUAUACACUGGAUCCCGUGGCUCGGACUCCACGUCUCCAAGCAAUUCACCUCGUAAGCGUAAUUGCAGUCUGUCAGGUGUAGUCGAGAGAAGUGCAGAAGAUGAUGAUCAAGAGUUAUGUCUUCAAAUGGAAGUAGAUGAUUUGGACUGGUUUAUAGAUAGCAAAACAGAACCUGAAGAGGAGGCGUAUGGGGAAAAAACAGAAAGGACUGCUUCCACGGAGCAUAUACCUUAUCAGUCCAAAACAACUAAUGAAAAUGUACCCAACCUCAGGCAAGCAUUAGCAGAGGGUUCACCUAGCCUAGAGCCAAAAACGGACACGGAUGUGAAGUCCAAAGGUUGUACUCUGUGUUCUGUGCUUUCAAAUAGCUCAGGCGUUACUGUGGAACCUGUUCCUAUCAUUGCCCAUGAUAUCAUAUGCCCUCAGGUUGUUGAAUAUGUGAAUAAGGCACCUUAUCGUUGCAUACACACAAAUAGUACGGAUAUCAAAAACUCACCAUUGGCACACCGGAUGACUAAUAAACCGUCUGUAAGACAAUCUAAUGCAACGAAUUCGCCCAAGUCAGAUCAGUUAUGUCAGAUCACAAUCACUGGAUGGGAGGACGAAACCACGCUCUCUAGCAGAGACACACAGGAGCAGAGUUCAUCCAACAUUAAGAGGUUUCUAAGCCCGAUAAAACCACUAAAACUGGGCAAACAAGGCAACUCCUUUGAGCUGGAAGAGGUUCACAGCGCAGAGGAAGAGGAAGCCACUUCUUCAGAAUUCUGCUCAACGGUCACAUUGUCUGUUUCGACGCAUCACCACAAAUCGUCUCCGCUGCGAGGGGACAGUUUUCAGUCAGACAGCAGUGGAUAUGCCGAAGAGGAUGUGCACCAUUCCCUCUUAACCCCAGAGAAAACAGAACAUCAAAUCUCAGGCUAAUGAAAGCACAAAGUGCGUCUUCUGAUAUCAUUCAAGUCAAUUUAUUCGUUAAGAACGACUACCUUUAAAUGCGUAUGAAUGCAUAGAAUGAUGCGUAUAAUCCGGUUUUACAGUAGUUUUUGCUUUUUCAUUUUGUGCACUUUUUGGUCUUCUUGUUCAGAUGGAUGAACUGCUGUACACGUCGCCUUUAUUUGUCGUUCCGCAGUGGUAAUAAAUAAUUUAUUUGAAGUA